UCCAGGGCCGUUAAGGUUUCGGCACUGGAGAUACUUCAUCCAUAGUACCUGCAUGACGUUAGACGGCUUACUGAUGUAGAAGUCACCCUCAAGUUUUACACGAUAACUACGACCUGUAACUGAACCCGAGGAUAGAGCUGGGCGAUAAUCGCUAAUAAUACCAGUAACAUCAAAACUCUAGGCAUUCUCAGCUAUUAUCCACCAAACAGAGCGGAGACAUGCCGUCGUCCGCUCAGUCGCAUGCCAGAUCGCAUGCCCUCCUGCUACUGCAGAAACUGCUCAAUCUGCGGGAUAGCGCCAGCCCGCUAACUCUGGUCCUCGACACCCUUGAGCAGAGCGCGAAGCCCCUGAUCCGCGAGUUCUUGAGCAGAGCUAAGGCAACCAAAAGCAAAACCAUCUUCCUCUCAUUCUCCACCCUCAAAAAGCCCGCCGACGUCGACAUAUUCAUCAAGGCGCGGGGCAAAUCCCCCGAGACGCUCCGGGCCGAACUAACAUCGCACUACCCAUCGGGCACCGCCGGCCACGCGCACAAAGUUCUCGUCGUAAUCGACGCUUUGAACCCGCUCGCGCAGACCAUCCCCUCUUCCCUAUCCCUCUUCCUCUCCAGCCUCGUCACGCCCCUCGUCUCCCUCGUCGGCGUCUACCACGCCGACGUCCCGCUCGUGCUCCCCCCUCCUGCUUCUAGUGGUAGUGUUAGCCCGUAUAACGAGUACGAGCCGCACCCCCUGACCACCCUGAGCCACCUCGCCACCGCCGUCCUGCGCGUCGGCUCUUUGUACCAGGCCGUCGAGCGCCGGCGCGCCGAGAACCGGAGCUUGCCGGCGCCGGAGUGGGGGCUGGCCGAGGGGCGCGAGGGCGUGCUGAUCGGGCUUGGGAGAGGCGGCGGUAGGAAUGGAAGCGGAAGCGCAGACGGGGACGGGUUCGUGCUAGAGAUGGAGAUGCGGCGGCGGAGCGGGCGUUCCGUGGCCGAGAAGUUCGUUCUGGUGCCGCGGGCGGUGCAGGUCUCAGUGCCGGCACAGAAUGCGAACGGGAACAGUAGAGGAGGGAAGAUCGAGGCGUCGAGGCUGUAUCUCCUGUCCGAUCACCCCGCGUUCCGGGAUCCGGGCGAUGAUGAUCAAGGGGGCGCGGAGGGCGAGGGAGAGGAGAUGGAGACUACGUUUAACCUCGGGCUGACGGAGAAGCAGAGGAGAGACAGGGAGGGAAUAGUGCUGCCAUACUUUGACGCCCAGAAAGACAUCGGGGCGGGCGAGGGAGGUAGGAUAUUGUAUGAGAUGGGGCGGGAGGACGAUUUCGACGACGAGGAAGACGAAAUAUAACGUAUGUAAGAGAAAAUAAAAUAAAAACAGUACCGCCGCUUUUCGGCACUUCCCAAAA